UGAAAGUUAAUCACCCACCCACCACUCACCACCACCAUUUCCGUCUUGUUUCUUAUUCUUCUUCUUCCACCACAUCACUGUGAUUCUUUCUUUCAUUUCUACCUAUCUCUUUCACUCUUUUCUCUCUGUUUUCCACUUUUCUCUUUGAAUCAUCCAAAUUGAAGAAACAAAGAAAGAGAAAGGGGCGGCGUGACCUGAGAUCAUAACAAAACACAUCAAUCAAUCAUGUUGCGAAGACUCAUCUCUUCACAACUCAAAACCCUAACUUCUUCUUCUUCUUCACUCCGAUCUCCUUCCCCCGCCAUCGCUGUUUCUCUAUUCUCCCGCCAAUUCACUGCUCAAUCCGAUGGCGGUAGUGCAAUCAAAAAGAAGGUUGAGGAUGUAAUGCCAAUUGCUACCGGUCACGAGCGCGAGGAGAUUCAGGCUGACCUUGAGGGUAGGAAUAUUCUUGAAAUCGACCAUCCUGAAGGUCCUUUCGGAACCAAGGAAGCACCUGCUGUUGUCAAAUCCUACUAUGAUAAAAGGAUAGUUGGAUGCCCAGGUGGUGAAGGCGAGGAUGAGCAUGAUGUUGUCUGGUUUUGGCUGGAGAAAGACAAACCUCACGAAUGUCCCGUGUGCGCACAGUAUUUUGUGCUCGAAGUGGUAGGACCUGGUGGACCACCUUAUGGACACGGCGACAAUCAUCAUCACUAAUUGCAUCCUUCAAUUGUAUUUCUGGAAUAAAUUCUGGAAAGAUGAGGACAUUGUUUUGUUUAGCAUACACUCCGGCCUUUCUAAAUCAUGAGGCCGAUGUUUGUUUUUUAUGUUACUUCCUAAGGUGUUGCAACUUCUGACAAAAAAGUUUUUGUGAUUAUUUUGAAACAGGAUGCUCAUUUGCAUGAACCAUUGAUUCUGUCAAAUAAUGGUUUCAUGUGUUACAAAAUAAUUGAUCGAAACUAUUAAUUAAGGUUGUAUUUUUAAAA